UCUCUUAUAUCCUCUGUUUCUUGCUGUUAUUCCCCCCCUGAUCUCCAGAAAAAAGCAAAGAAAAAAGAUUCCCUUACGGUAUCUGCCCUGAUAUCAGCCUCGGUCCUUAUCUGGUCCCACCCCUCGACGCCAGCGAUAAGCAUCUUCCGCCUCUAAACCUACCUAUUUAUAUCCUGGAAACGCCUUGAUUCGUCUUUCAGCCUCUUCCGGCCCCCUCGUUGAACCCCCUUGCGAUGUCUGCCACCGAUGGCUCGACCCAACAGUCUUUCCCCCCAACUCCCACUCACACCCCACCCCACGACUCCAGCACCCCGCUGGUUGUCCUGGUCUCGACUCGCGCUGUGAUCUUUGACAACGAGGACAACCUUGUCGUUUCCCCCGCUACCCUGACUCUCUCCCCGCAGACCGGCACCAUUGUCUCUAUCCUCCCAACUAUCUUGCCCGCGUCAAGUUUUCCGCCAAAUACCACUUACAUUGACCACACCCCGCAUCUCCUACUCCCAGGGCUUGUCGACGCGCACGUACAUCUCAAUGAGCCGGGGAGGACAGAAUGGGAGGGCUUCGAGACUGGCACCAAGGCCGCCGCGUCUGGAGGGGUUACAACGGUCAUUGAUAUGCCCCUGAAUGCCAUCCCACCCACCACAACCGUCGCGGGGUUGAACGAGAAGAUCAAGGCUGCGCAAGGUCAAUGCUGGGUCGAUGUUGGAUUUUAUGGAGGCGUAAUUCCGGGGAAUGCCCACGAGCUUCUCCCGCUUGUGGAGGCGGGUGUGAGGGGAUUCAAAGGUUUUCUUAUAGAGAGCGGGGUUGAUGAAUUCCCAGCUGUGUCCUCCGCCGAUGUGGCACUCGCCAUGACCACCCUCGCAAACACGCCCACUACCCUGAUGUUCCACGCCGAAAUGAUCCCACCCUCCACCGAUCAAACCUCCCUCCCUCCAGUGUCCCCCACGGGAUCCCUAUCCUCCUACGCCACAUUCCUAUCCUCACGUCCUCCCUCAUUCGAAACCUAUGCCAUCGAAGAGGUGAUCUCGCUUGCACAUCUAGCCCCUGAAUUACAACUACAUAUUGUCCACCUCUCCGCCAUCGAAGCCAUCCCCUUGCUACGAAAAGCGCGCGAAGAUGGAGUCAAGAUAACAGCAGAGACCUGCUUCCACUACCUCGCUCUCGCCGCCGAAGAAGUUGCCGAGGGCGACACGCGACAUAAAUGCUGCCCGCCCAUCCGCUCCUCCUCAAACCGCGACGGUCUCUGGGCCGAACUCACCCACCCCAACUCGGUAAUCCAAACCGUCGUCUCGGACCACAGCCCCUGCACGCCGGAGCUGAAACUCCUCCCCUCGCACCUCAGCCACGGGUGCGGCUCCGGCCCCGUGAAGACGGUCAACGGGACCAUCCUAAGCCAAGAGCAAGCCGACGCUCGCGAACGCGGCGACUUCUUCUCCUCCUGGGGCGGCAUAUCCUCAGUCGGUCUAGGGCUCCCCAUCCUCUGGACCACAGCCCAAUCCCGCUCCCCCUCCCUCAGCAUCGUCGACAUCGUGCGUCUCUGCGCCGUCAACACGGCGCAGCAAGUCGGACUCGGCCACCAGAAAGGCGCUCUCCGGCCGGGCCUCGACGCCGACAUCUGCGUCUUCGACGACACGGCGCCGUUCGUCGUCGGGCGCGAGCAGCUCCUCUUCCGGAACAAGGUGUCGCCGUACCAGGGCCGGGAGCUGCGGGGCGUCGUUAAGGAGACGUGGGUACGGGGUACGAAGGUGUUUGAGAGGGGCGCCGUGAAUGGGGGGUUUGUGGGGAAGGGGGGACAGCCGAUUGGGAAGUUGUUGUUGGAAAAGAGGAGGGUGUGAUGGGUUUCUCCUUCUUUAUACUUCGCAAUCGCAUAUCUCAUAGCCAUCUAUCCUAUCCUAUCCUACCUAUCUACCUAUCUAUCUAUGAAAGCAUGCAAGCAUAUAGGACUCCCGCUCGAGCAGGACUAUAGUAAUCCAUCUACCCAAAUAAAACCAAAAAAUUCCAUCCC